AUGCAUCUCACCUCCUCUCUGGGUUUGCUGGCGGCGGCCGUCGCCGUUACGGCUAGCAAGCCGCGGGUGGCUGCGGAGCGGUUCAUCGAGGCAAAGGCCCCGUCUCAGCCAGCAGGCGGGCGCACCUCAGAGGGCUUCAGCAACGGGACGCAGAUAAUCUUUGGGCGGGACUUGCACGGACUCAACCUCUUUUCUGCAAGAGACUGCAGCCCCGGACGAUAUCUAUGCCCGCAAGGCGGCUGCUGCAGAACGACGCAAAACUGCACCCCAGACGGCUGCUGCGACAAGCCCAAGAUCGGGUGCGGCGCCGACGGCUGCUACGACCCGGCACAAAACACAUGCUGCGAGGCUCGCGGCACGACGUGUAGGCUCGGCAGGGAGUGCCUCCCCGAGGGCGGCUGCUGCGAGACGGGCAACAAGGGAUGCGGCGCCGACGGCUGCUACGACCCCAAGACGGAGGUGUGCUGCGCCUCGAGGGGGACGACGUGCAAGACGGGCUACGCGUGCAUGCCCGACGGCGGGUGCUGCCGGACCGGCACCAGGUCGUGCGGCGCAGAUAAGUGCUACAACGACGACACGUCCGUGUGCUGUACCGCGAGCGGUGGCGGUGACGAUGCGUGGACGUGCGAUAGGGGCGAGGACUGCUGCGGCGGUGGGUGCUGCGAUGCUGAUGAGACGUGCGGCCUGGACAAACGCUGCACGGCAAAGUAUACGUCUACGUCUACGUCGACUCGGACUUCGAGCAGCACGGCGACGACCACGACAUCGUCGUCUGGGAGCAGCAGCUCCUCGGGCGAUGGUAGCAACGACACGACGGCCACCGCGACGGGCGACAGCAACAAUGGCAUCGGACCGGGAGGGGGCAGGCCGACGGCACAGGGCGGCGACGGGGCGACGGGGGCCGCAGGGUUAUCUGCUCCGGCACCUACGCAGUCAAGAUCUGCGAGCAGUCGAGUAUUCCUGGCUGGAAGGUUGGUUACGGUGCUAUGUCCGUGUCUCGUGGCAGUCUUCAUGUUAGCCUUGUAG